AUGUUGAUCCGACCCGUUCUCUCUUCUUCGCUCGGCCAGGCGGCGCGCUCGAGCCUGCGCUCCAAGGCACCCGCAGUGCGCCAGUACGCGACCGAGGCCGGCAAGCCGUCGGGUGGCUCGAACCUGCCGCUGGUGCUUGCGCUGGGCGGUGUGGCGGGUCUGGGAGCUUGGUACUCGCUGGGCGGCUUCGACGACCCCAAGAAGGCCAAGAACAAGGUGCAGGAGAAGGGCCAGGAGGCGGUUGACCAGGCCAAGGCGGCCGUAUCGGGCGGUGCGCUCAACAAGGACCAGUUUGUCGAGUUUACGCUCAAGGAGAUCAAGCCGUACAACCACGACUCUGCGACGCUGGUGUUUGAGCUGCCGGACGGCAAGAAGCCCGGUAUGAAUGUCGCCUCGGCUGUUGUGGUCAAGGCGGUGGGCGACGGUCUGAAGGACGACAAGGGCAAAGACGUCAUCCGUCCCUACACGCCCAUCACGUCGCCCGACACCGAGGGCCACAUGGACUUCCUGGUGAAGAAGUACCCGGGCGGACUGAUGACCACGCACAUGCACUCGAUGAAGCCGGGCGACAAGCUGGGCAUCAAGGGUCCCAUCGCCAAGUUCCCCUACAAGGCGAACGAGUUUGAAUCGAUCGGCCUCAUCGCCGGCGGCUCGGGCAUCACGCCCAUGUGGCAGGUGAUGCAGGCCGUCGCGUCGAACCCCGAGGACAAGACGCAGGUGACGCUGAUCUACACCAACAAGAGCGAGAAGGACAUCCUGCUGCGCGAGGAGUUUGACCAGCUCGCCAAGACGGACAAGCGCUUCACGGUGGUGUACGGCCUCGACAAGCUGCCCAAGGGCUUCAACGGCUUCGAGGGCUACGUGACGCCCGAGCUCAUCACCAAGCACCUGCCCAAGCCCGAGCAGGCGGGCAAGGCCAAGAUCUUUGUGUGCGGCCCGCCGCCCCAGGUGGAGGCCAUCAGCGGCGGCAAGGGCCCCAAGGGCAGCCAGGGCGAGCUCAAGGGCCUCCUCGCCCAGAUGGGCUACACUCCCGAGCAGGUGUACAAGUUCUAG